AUGAUGAAUUACCUGCGGCGCCGUCUGUCAGACAGUAACUUUAUGGCCAAUCUGCCCAAUGGGUACAUGAGUGACCUGCAGCGACCAGAGACCCCCGCUCCACCUGCUGCCUCUCCGGGCCCCCCAGCUGUUUCACCUGACCCCAGUGCAGGGGGUGGUGGGGGCUUCUUCUCAUCUUUGUCUAAUGCCGUGAAACAGACUACAGCCGCCCUCAGUGAGCAGGUAUCCACAGCCACCAUGGGUGGACCAGGGACCCGUGGGUCCAAAGUACUGCUGGUCAUAGACGAACCCCAUACCGACUGGUCAAAACAUUUUAAGGGAAGGAAAAUCAAUGGAGAAUUUGACAUAAAAGUGGAACAAGCUGAGUUCUGUGACUUGAAUCUCGUAGCACACUCCAACGGCAAUUUCUCUGUGGAUUUGGAGGUUUUGAGAAAUGGAGUGAAGGUGAUGAGGUCAUUAAAGCCAGACUUUGUGCUAAUCCGCCAGCACGCAUUCAGCAUGGCUCGCAAUGGCGACUUCCGUAGCUUGGUGAUUGGUCUUCAGUAUGCCGGAGUACCAGGCCUCAACUCGCUGCACUCUGUGUAUAACUUCUGUGACAAGCCCUGGGUGUUCUCCCAGAUGGUCCGUCUACAGAAGAAGCUAGGACCGGAGGAGUUUCCUCUGAUUGAGCAAACCUAUUACCCCAACCACAAAGAAAUGCUCACCGCCUCAAAAUUCCCAGUCGUGAUUAAAAUGGGACAUGCACAUUCCGGAAUGGGCAAGGUCAAGGUGGACAAUCAGUAUGACUUUCAAGACAUCGCCAGUGUGGUCGCCCUGACCAAGACCUACGCUACGUCAGAGCCUUUCAUCGAUGCCAAGUAUGACGUCCGUAUCCAGAAGAUCGGAACGAACUACAAAGCCUAUAUGAGAACAUCCAUCUCUGGAAACUGGAAGACCAACACGGGUUCCGCCAUGUUAGAGCAGAUCGCAGUAUCUGAAAGGUACAAGCUAUGGGUCGACGCCUGUUCGGAAAUAUUUGGUGGCUUAGAUAUCUGUGCGGUGGAGGCCCUUCAUGGAAAGGAUGGGAGGGACCAUAUCAUCGAGGUGGUCGGCUCCUCUAUGCCUUUGAUUGGGGACCAGCAGGAGGAAGACAGGCAGCUAAUAGCAGACCUCGUGGUGACCAAGAUGUCCCAAGUUCAGCAACGUAGCCCCUCACCCAGUCGCUCCAUUCACGGGCCAGCACAACAGACUCAAGCUGUCCAUGCCCGACCUGCAGCCCCUGCUCAACAGCAGAGACCCCCACCUCAAGGUGGACCUCAGAGCGCUCAGGCACCUCAACGCCAGGGGCCUCCUCCCCAGCAGAGGCCUGCCCCUCAGGGUCAGCAACUUCAAGGUUUGGGGCCUCAGCCAUCAUCACAUCCACCAAAUCUUCCCAGCCCAGGGGCCCAACAAAGACAAAUGAUCCCUCAGCAGCAGCCGCAGCAGGCUCGGCCUCAACAGCCAAGCCCUCGCCAAUCACAGUCUCCCCAAAGGCAGCCAAGCUCUCAGGGGGCUCAGUCACCCCAGCGUCAACAGCAGGGCCCUCCAAUGCCAUCAGGCCCCAAACCAGUGGGAACUCAGCCACCGCAGCCCCGGCAGCCUGGCCCACCAAGGCAACCUGUUCCAGCAGGACCUCAGCAAAAGCCCCCUCCUCCUGCCCAUCAGCAGCAACAGCAGGGCAUCCGCCAACAGGGACAGCAGCCCCCUCCUCAGCAACGUCAGUCAGCUCCUGGAGCAACACAGCAACAACAGCCGCAGCAGCCUCAGCGACCCAUGACCCAGCAACCCAGGCCUAACCCCCAGGGACCUGGACAGGUGUCCUCUCGUCCUGGUGGAACUCAGAAGCCUCAGCUGGCUCAGAAGCCGGGCCCAGAGCUGCCCCCACCCCAGCCGCAGCUGAACAAGUCCCAGUCCCUCACCAACUCCUUCACCCUUGCAGACUCUCCAGCUCCACGUUCCAGUCUUAGCCACGAUGAGGUGAAAGCCGAAACCAUUCGGAACCUGAGGAAAUCUUUCGCUAGUCUCUUUUCAGACUGAGGGGACGUUUCCGAGCAUCACUUACCCCUCUGACCACAUCAUACCUCCUUCAUCCGGCACAGCGUUUCUUGUCCCCAACGCGUAUGCACGGCUUAUAUCCUGAAAGUGCAAAUAGAGAUAGAUAUGGAGAGAAAGCAAACUAUGGGAGGAAGAGAUAAAUCUAUUCUGUCAGGGGUGAUAUAACAUUACUUCUAUAAUUAAAAAAAAAAUAUUUAUAUAUAUAUAUAUACAUAUCUUAUAGAUCAGCCAGGCAGAGGGACAAAUCUGUCAGCUCCAGCUUGGCUCAACAGAGGAAUGUGUACUGGCACUCACAAUGCUUUGUGGUACGCACUGGGUAUAGAAAGGUGAUACAGAUUGAGUUUAAUUAAAGAUUUCUAAAGCACCCAGACGGCGGCGUCCAUACAGAGUCUGUGCGUGUCAGUCCUUCGUAUUUAUAUAAAUAUAUAAUAUAUUCAUACAUAUUAAUAUUUCAAAUCUCGUCAUAGCAAAAGUAGCGUAAAAUAUUAGACAUCGCGCCCGUUUGCGCACUUUCUAGUUCACGCAGUCACAGUGUUGCACUCUUCCUCCCAAGUACUCUCGCUAUCUAUCCCUCCGGUAUUUGUCUCUCUCUGAUUCAGUCUAGUGAGUUGCUGUGACAGUCCCUUCUAAGUAGAUUUCUGUUACUGGUCUAGUUUCCUUGACCCUGCUCUACACCCCAGUGACUGACCUCUGCUGCCGUAUCAGAGCCCAGCCACACUCUGACCAUUUUCCCUUAUUGAGUCUAUGCUUCUGUACCACCACCUUUUGUCACUCUCCCUCCAUGUCUUAUUUGUAUGGAAGUAACACUGUUGUACUGUGUGUAACGUAAGCUUGCUGUGCAGUAAAUAUUGUGACGAGAUUGUUAGUGAGCGCCAUGUUCCUUUCAAGUAGUGAAAUAAUGUUGUAUUAAGAGUAAUAUAUUAUAUAUGAUUAAGUUACUAACCGCUGCCCUCAGGUGCAGAGAGAUGCCUGUCAUUGUUUGUGAACGCGUCUGUGUGAUAAUGUGAACCCAGUGGGGCAAUAAGAUGUGACUUGUCUAAAGAAAUAAAAAUUCAGACAGUAAAA